CAAUACAUAGUUCUUUUCUUGAGGAUUGAAGGUUGAAGAAGAGUAGAUAAAAAGUAACAUAUUCACAGGAACCAUCCUCUUCUCUCUCCAUCGGCUUCCUUGUUUCCAUCGUAUUAUUAUUGUUUGUUAUUGUCCGCUUGGUUCCCUGGGCCCUCAGUCCGUCCGUACGCUUUGAUCUCGUCCUAAUUAGCCCCUGCUUCAUCUUCUUUCAACUCAUGAUAUGAAUUCAUCCACUCCUCCUGCCGCCGCUGAUUCCCUGCAUUCAUCGGUUCCUAGGAGAAAUUCGAAGCGACCCAAAUAUUCUAGGUUUACUCAGCAGGAACUUCCAGCGUGUAAACCCAUUCUUACCCCAAGAUGGGUGAUAUCGGCUUUCAUGCUUGUGACGAUCGUCUUCGUACCAAUAGGACUUGCAUCCCUUUUUGCUUCCCGCGAUGUUGUCGAAAUUGUUGAUCGCUAUGAUGCUGAGUGCGCACCAACGGGCUCAAGAAGUGACAGGGUCCGAUACAUACAAUCCGCUGCAGACAAAACAUGCAAUAGAACCCUCUCUGUACCAAAGCAUAUGAAGCGGCCUAUAUACGUCUAUUAUCAGCUUGACAACUUUUAUCAGAAUCACCGAAGGUAUGUUAAGAGCCGAAGUGAUCAGCAAUUGAGGAGCCGAAGCAAUGAGGAUGAUACAAGUUCUUGUAAGCCUGAAGAUGAUGCAAAUGGAAGGACGAUUGUGCCUUGUGGGCUGGUAGCCUGGAGUAUGUUCAAUGAUACUUACAGCUUCUUCACUAACAACAAUCAACAAUUACCCCUAAACAAGAGAGGCAUUUCAUGGAAAAGUGAUAGGGAUCAAAAGUUUGGCAAAGAUGUCUUCCCCAAAAACUUUCAAAAUGGAACACUUAUCGGUGGUGCAAGUCUCAAUGAAUCCAUACCAUUAAGUGAGCAGGAAGACCUUAUUGUGUGGAUGCGGACUGCAGCUCUUCCAACAUUUAGGAAGUUGUAUGGGAAGAUAGAGGUGGAUCUUGAGGCAGGUGAUACAAUAAAUGUGAUUAUGAAGAACAACUACAACACUUACAGUUUCAAUGGGAAGAAGAAACUUGUGCUCUCAACAAGCAGUUGGCUUGGUGGAAAAAACAAUUUUAUUGGCAUUGCAUAUCUGGCUGUUGGUGGCUUGUGCUUCUUACUAGCUAUCACUUUCACCAUUAUAUAUCUUGUUAAGCCAAGGCGUCUUGGAGAUCCAUCUUAUUUGUCUUGGAACCGCAAUCCAGGUGGUCACUGAUUUAUGCAAAAAGUGUUGUUGUAUCUUGUAUGUAUUUAACAUCUCAUCUGUUUUCUUUGGGGAUAUCAUUCAAUUCUUUAAACUUUAUAACUUGUGGAUACCAAGACUCUAUUAUCGUCAAAGUGUUUUUAGGUUACUUUACUGUAUUUAUUGUCUUAGGAAUUAUUAGUAAAGUGGGACGUGUCAUCUUGUAUCCUGUAACAUAAAAUUCAUAUAUGCUUGUUUGGUGC